CCAACCUCUGAACCAUAAGAGAUUUAACACACAAUGGGGCAAGAAGAACCACAAAAUAAAUGGGUCACCUGGAAUUGCUGUCUUGUGGGCUGGAGAGCCUUCCAGUCCAAUUGCUAUUUUCCUUUUAAUGACAACAAGACGUGGGCUCAGAGUGAAAGCCACUGUAUGGGGUUGGGGGCUCAUCUGGCCACCAUCAGCACAGAAGCUGAGCAGAAUGUUAUCACUCAAUUUUUGGAUAGACGAUUUUCAUAUUUCCUGGGACUUACAGAUGAGAACCUUGAAGGCCAGUGGCAUUGGGUGGACAGGACACCAUUUAACCCACAGAUGGUAUUCUGGCACGAGGGUGAACCCAACAACUACCAGAAAGAAAAGUGUGUUGUCUUUGUUAAUGACAAAGACAAAUGGGCCUGGAAUGAUUUUCCUUGUGACUUUAAGACAAGUAGGAUUUGUAAGAUACCUGGAACAGCACUCAACAAGAAGCCUAGGAAGGGGUCCCUGUUAUGA